AUGAUUCAACCUUCCUCAGACACUUUAUAUAUUUCCCUCGCUGAAGCGCCAUUACUUCCACCACCCUGCUUCCAAUGCAACAGUCCUAGCCGACGAUAUGUCACCAGAUCCUCGAAUCUUAACGGAAACGCAUCUCGCCCAUACUAUAAGUGUAUAAAGUGUCCCAAGUUUCUUUGUUUUGCAGAUCAAAGAGGCAACGUUACAAAUAACCCGCCAUGCCAAUGCGGCAAGUCCAGCAAGUUUCAGGUAGCAGGUUGGACCAAUAGACAACCUGGUGGCUUGCAUCUUGUAUGUAGAAUGGGAGCUUGCGGUUACUAUUCCUCUGUUGUGGAUCAGAAUGGUGAACAGAAGGUGCUGAGUCGGGAAGAAAUGAAUCUUUGGAUGAGUGUUGGUAGGGUUUGA